AAUCGUGCGUGCGUGCGCUGGGGGCUCUGAGAGGCGCAUUUUGACGGCAGUACGUCGCAUUCAUCUAAACGGAACUCACACGAAGCUGUCGUGGGCCACCCACCCUCUGGCUGGCACCCAGCCCUCAGUGCAGCAUUUGGCAGCGCAGCGGUGCAGCGUGGGCCGCAUGCGGCUGCCGCUGCUCGCCACCAUCGCGCACACGACGAGGGCCGCGCGCUACGCGCUCCGCGUGGCCUACGACGGCACGCAUUUUAAUGGAUGGCAGCACCAGCCGAACGCGCGGACCGUCGAGGGCGAAUUAAGGAAAGCCUUCACGACGCGCUUCGACGGCGCGAACGUGCCGCUCCUCGGCGCGUCGCGGACGGACAGCGGCGUGCACGCCCGCGGCCAGGCGGCCCACGUCGAUCUACCGGAAGAAGUGGCGGACGUGGAUCUCCUGAAGCACCAGCUGAACCGCAUGCUGCCGGACGACGUGCGGAUAAAUUGUGUCCGGGAGGCGCCGCCCGGAGGAGAGAAGCCCUGGCACGCGAUCGCGUGCAGCACGGGCAAGCGCUACUCGUACCGGAUGACGGCGCGCUACGGGUCCCAGGACCCGCUGGAGAGGUUGUAUCGGGCCCACGUGUGUUACGAGGACCUGGACUUUGCGUUGCUGUCAAAUGCACUCCAAAGGUGCCGGGGCCGCUUCGACUUUAAGGCCUUCGCGAACAACGCGCCUACGCAAAACCCCCUGGAGAUGGACACGAUUCGCGAGAUUCGGUCCAUCGAGGCCGAGGACGAAGGUUUUGGCGACUACACCGUACAAAUCGAAUUGGACGGGGCGCUGUACCGCAUGGUCCGCAACGUCGUCGGCGCGUGUGUGGCCUGCGGCACGGGCAAACUGAAACUCGACGAGCUCGACGAGCUCCUCUCGGGACGCAAGACGCGCCGCGACAACCCGACAAAGUCCGCGCCCGCGCGCGGCCUGUGCCUCGAGGAGGUCUUCUACGACGACUUCUAGUAAUCACAUUCUAUUGUUACGGUGCUAGGCCUGGGCGGAGCCCCUGGGGGGAAGAUCCGGCGGCGGGCGCGUAGUCCACCACGUAUGUACAACA